AUGUUUUUUCUACCAAAAGCUUUGAUUGUCCUUCUGUCAUCUGCAGUGUGCAGUCAGGCCCUUGUUGUCACAGUGGAGCCAAAAGUCAUCACUGUCCGCCAGGGGGAGCCCGUGAGCUUCAGGUGCCAAGUGGGCAGCGCUUCACCAUCAAAUGUAGUGUGGAAAAAAACCAAUAGUCAGCGGCUCCCAGACAAUGUCCAGAUCAGCGCUGAUAACCUCCUGAUGACCAUUGUCAACGCUCGCCCUGAGAACCAGGGCCAGUACCGCUGUGUGGCAGGGCCCCCCGCGGGCAGAGCCUUUGGCACAGCUGUCCUAAAUAUCAAGUUUCCACCUAAAGUCCGCCUGAACCAUGUCGGACCCCUCAGAGUCCGAAUCGGGGAUCCAGUGACAGUCGAGUGCAGCACCACAGGUCGACCAAGGCCAAAGUUGACCUGGAAACGUCAGGGGUCCACACUGCAGCUGGUGACCACCACGACAAGUGACGUCAACACAAUCCAGUGGCCGGCUGUUCGCCCGGAGGACUCAGGAGUGUACCUGUGCCAGGCUGAAAACACAGAGGGCAUGAGCGAGAGCAAACUGGAGAUCAUUGUGGAGGGAGGUCUGGGGGCCCCUGUGGCCUCAGUCAGCACCUCUCAGAUGACUGCCAUCGAGGGCCACUCUGUCACAAUGCAGUGUCAAGCCACCGGCUCACCAACUCCAGAGAUCUCCUGGUCCAAACUUAGAGCCCCGUUGCCGUGGAAACACUCAGUGGCGGGCGGAGUCUUGACUUUAAACAGCGUGGGUCGGCAGGACUCUGGACAAUACAUCUGUAAUGCCACAAACGUACACGGCUACAGCGAGGCCUACACAGAAAUGGAGGUAGAAUCGCCCCCUUAUGCCACCUGUUUGCCCGACCAGCUGAGGCUCCGGGCUGGGGACGCCCUUCACCUCCAGUGUCUUGCUCAUGGCACUCAUCCCAUUACUUUCCAGUGGAGCAUUUCAGGCCGCUCUGUACUGCCACCAGGCUCAGAAACGGCCAGAGACGGAAAACUGUUCAUCCCUCACAUCAGGGCGUCUGACGGAGGAACGUACACAUGUGCAGCCACUAACCACAUCGGCACCAGCUCGGCCAGCGCCAGAGUCACUGUGAAAGGUUGA